AUGCAGCUGCUGCCCUGCACGUUGCUGGUGGCCCUAGCGGGGGCCGCCCUCGCCUUCACGCCUCAACAGCACGGGGCGGACGCGGUGAAGUCGCAGGUGCUUCACGCGCCCAACAGCGCCCCCACCCGCCGCGACUCCCGCUUCUACGACGCCGUUGUGGUGGAAGCCGAGGGCCGCGCGGAGGGCGCGGGCGGCGUGAGCGGAGCGGGCGGCGCGCUGCCGCAGCCACUGGACGAAGAGACGUGCUCGCUCCAGCCCGAGCAAGGCCCCUGCCGCGGCUACUUCUCCUUCUACCACUACGACGCCCCCGCCCAGCGCUGCCGCCAGUUCACCUACAGCGGUUGCGGAGUGGUGGCAUUUUCGCGAGUGUUACGAUGCCUGGUGCUGGUGUGCGCAGAGACCCGGCAGCGCGUGUGCUCGCAGCCCGCGGCGCGGGGCCACUGCCGCGCGCUGCUGACGCGCUGGCGCUUCGACCCGGCCGCCAAGGACUGCGUGCCCUUCCGCUUCGGCGGCUGCGACGGCAACGCCAACAACUUCGCCUCCCGCCAGCAGUGCCUCGACGCCUGCGCCGCGCCCGCCCGCUAA